AUGCCUCCGCGAAGUCAAGACAUAAGUACAGGCAAGGAGAAGCGGAAGCCUGUGCGACGUGACCCGGAGAAGAGGCGGCAGCAGAAUAUCCAAGCUCAGAGGAGAUAUCGAGAGAAACUCCGUGAGCGCUUGGAUCGCCUCGAAGCGCUUGCUGCACAGAACCAGGGUAGCGGUGCGCUUCCAGUGGCUCAAUCUACAAGUCAAUCAUCUGAGACAGGAGUAAUGUGUAGUUCCACUGGCUCUUCAGAUAAUGAGAUCCCAACGGACCUCCCGGUGUUUCCACCUUCGGACACAUCAUCUCUAUCCACGGGUUUAGACUGUGGACAACUUUAUCCUCAGUUCGAGGUUAGCCCAUCGGAUCUGGGCUUGUGGGACACUUCGUCAUAUAACCCACUAGCAAAUGAUCCGUCAAUGCUGAACAUGUGGGAUCCCACUACAUUAUCUUUGCAGCCGAACGACACCCUUUGGUGUCCAACGCCGAACGAUCAACGAUCAAACUCUACACGGUCCGAUGAAAUUACAUGGGAUCCUAUAGCUCAUGACCUACAUGAUUCUCUACUCUCGCCAGAAGUAUCAAAUGUCUCGGAAUCCAUAGCACUGGGCAAUGCUUCGCUCCCCUUCACUAAGAUACAAAACGACCCGUUAGGUUUAUCCUGGACGACCACAAUCCACUGUGGCUGCUUGAGACCGCACUUCCAAGUGCAAUCUUGUGGCUCACGCAAUUCUGCCAUGGGUCAGGUUAGGAUACUCACGGUGGAACCUAGUUCACCUACCGCAGAUCCAUACACCAACAAUCUUCGGGUUGACCAACUCUGCACUUUAACAGCACUAUUCUCGAUCGCAAUGCAUAUCAAAAUUUCCCAAGACGUAUUAUGUAACGAUGACCUACGCUCCCCAUUUUUCCAGCUUUGUGCAACAUCAGCAGACGCAUUGGCCAAAGCAAACAUGGUUACGGCGGUCAAGAAAAGCUUCAAAACAUUAAAGCCCGAUAUGAGACCGACCCACGAACAAAUCACCAUCGAUCACAGUCCAUACAUUGACAUUAUCCCCUUCCCGGGACUCCGUAAUAACCUCAUCAAACGCCAGGGAGAAUUUGACGAGGAUGAAUUCUUCCUGGACUUGCUUACGGGGCUAGUGUGCUGGGGAGGCGCAGGAGUUGGGAAGAGAGAUCGAAAUGCCUCUACUGGGAAGGUCUCGACUGGCACGCCGUGGGACCCUCGCAGCUGGGAGGGGCAGCAAUGGUUUGUGCAAAAGUACUGGCAUUUAUUAGGUGGUGAAGAGGGGGAUCUUGUUCGACAAACUGAGUGGUGGCGCAGUAUGAGAGGGGACGAUCCACUGGAUGUGGUAGAGGUAUAA